AUGAUUUGCUUUGAGAUGGACACCCGACCAUCAUCUUUUCUGUUAUUUCUGGCGAUAGCCAUGUGCUCGAUUUUGUGUAUAUUUUCAGUAUCUGUUCUACUAAUAUUCCAUUGCUGUCGAGUGAAAGAUCUUUCGCACACAAUUAGCGAGAAAGCCCGUGCAUCUGUCAUGUAUGCUCGGAAUUCGAUCUUUGGCGUUUCAGAAUUGGAUGAGGACGAUGAGUAUCGGGAUCAGCUGGAAGCCCAAUGGGAAACAAUGGAUCCACGAGAGAACUCAACUCAAAGCAUUCCAAAUGCUCAAAAAAAUUUGCUUUUACCGAGUCGAUGGACAAAAUGGGGAGGUCGGCACUCGCUGGCGCCUACACAUUGUGUU